AUGGAAGUUGGCAAAAUUUUGAAGUUAUUGUUCUGGGGUUUCGCCCUAGUCCAUCUUGUUGGCUCUGUCUGGAUUUGCAUCACCGCUAGUCACUUGAACACCAAGGAGAACAAGGAGCGCGGAAUAUUUGUCUACAAGCUCGACCCUAUACACCAACGCCGAGACCUCACGAAUCCCAUUGGCAGCAUUGGAGAUGGAGUGACCAAAGUCGUUUCUGUAGCCACGCAAGCCGUCGGUGCGGCCAGUACUGUGAUAGGUGCCGUUGAAACCAAGGCAGCAGACCUACGGAGCAAGCUGAAGAUAGAACUGGAUGUGGGGACGGAAAAUGUCACUCUGCAGGUUGGUGAUAACAGCUACCAGCCGUUGCGGUCUGGUGGGGACCUGAAUUUGCCAAACUUGCCGGGCAACCUCAGCAAAACCAUAGAGGGGAUAAAAAAAAAGUUUGAAGAGGCGGCGUCUGUCGGCUUGGAAGUACUAGUCAACAUUGCCAUCGGAUUAUCAUUCAUCUCAACUGGCGCAUACCUCGCUGUAGCCGCCAUUUCGCAUUUCCAUUCUGGCCAUCCUCGCGGGACCUUCAUCUGUACUUUGGCACUGGUAGCAGGAUUUGGAUCAAAUGGAAUAGCAUGUGUUGUUUUCUUGGGGCUGCAUUUGAUUCUGGGUGGAAUUGCUAGUCUGGGUAGUAAACUGCCCUCCGUUGACGCUGGAGAUGCCGACGAUGACGCGUCGCAAAGUUUUCAUUUGUCUGUGGUGCAAUGUGUGGUGUCGUUACUUUUAUUUUUACUCUCAAUUCUGCAUAAAUGUUGUCUCGGUUGUCAGGACUAUCCGCACAAGACAGAAUCAGUCGAAGGCAAGAAAUUACCGUCGGAACCUGGGGGAAAGGCUCCUUACGCAUAUAACGAUGCCCCGGGCGAUUAUCGACGGAAGGUUUUGUCACACAACGACAAGCAGUAUGACGAAAAGAUGCCGUCUGCGCCGGUGGCAAGCUGGUUUCGGGGGGAAACACCAGGGCCUCAAAAGAGGACUACAUAA